UAUCCCCCUUUCCAAGAUGGUAGCAGGGUGAACAGGCCGUGUCUCUGGUGGCUGAAGUUUUUGAUGAUCUUCCUAGCCUUCCACAGAGAUCAUCUACAAUGCAUAUGUAAUGAGUUGAAAAACUUAGACACUACAACAUACACCCCCUUAGUUAAAAAAAAACGAGGCUUAUUUGUCUAGCUAAUCAAUCUCCCUUUUAUAUUCUACAUGGUUUAGUAGUAGUUAGUCCAUCAGUCCAAUAAUGUCGCUGUGGUAGUGGGGGGAACAGGAAGUUCCGGGUUGGUGCCCACCAUUCUACAGAAUAAAGAAAACGCCAGAACUGUGCUGACCGUUUCUCUUUAUUAUUACAGGCCGACUCAGAUUAAGUCUGAGGCCGGUAACAUCAACAGUGAGGACAAACCCAGCCUGCCUCUCUCCUUCCACACGGAGUCCAAACCUACAGUCACUGGGUCCUGAUUGUGACAGUGGAGUCCAGUUUGCACUGCAGGAUCCAGAGAUGACAUCAGUGAAGCUGGAAGACUGCAGUCAAACACUGGAGCUGAAUGUCAACAUUAAAGAUGAAGAAGAGGAGGAGAAGAUUGGGAAAUAUGUUUCUCAUGGAGACCAUGUUGAGAUAUUCUCUACAUCCGGAGAGCAACAGCAGGAAGAUCACAGAGCUAAGAGGUCUCACCACUGCCCACAUUGUGAGGAGAUUUUCCCAAUUCUAUCAAAACUAGAAAUUCACCUAAAAAUACACACAGGAGAGAAUCUGUAUUCAUGCACUGACUGUGAGAAGAGUUUCACAACAUCACAGGCUCUGACAGUUCAUCUGCGAGUCCACACUGGAGAAAAACCUUACUCCUGCUCUGACUGUGGGGAGAGUUUCUCUCAACAGAGCAGCUUAAAAACACACCAACGUAUACACACAGGAGAGAAGCCUUACUCAUGCUCUGACUGUGGGAAGAGUUUCUCCGUAUCAAGCAACUUAAAAACACACCUAAAAAUACACGCUGGGGAGAAGCCUUACUUUUGCUCUGACUGUGGGGCGAGUUUUUCUCAACAGAGCCACUUACAAACCCACCAACAUAUACAUACAGGAAAGAAGCAUUACUUAUGCUCUGACUGCGGAAAAUGCUUCAUAACAUCAGCUGAGUUAAGAGUUCAUCAGAGAACACACACAGGAGAGAAACCUUACUGCUGCUCUGACUGUGGGAAGAGUUUCUCUCAACAGAGCAACUUAAAAUGUCACCAGCGAAUACACACAGGAGAGAAGCCUUACUCCUGCUCUGAUUGUGGGAAGAGUUUCACCCAUUUGGAUAUAUUAAAAUGUCACCAGCGAAUACACACAGGAGAGAAGCCUUACUCCUGCUCUGUCUGUGGGAAGAGUUUCUCCCAACAGGGCAACUUAAAAACACACCAACGUAUACAUAAAGGAGAGAAGCCUUACUCCUGUUCUGACUGUGGAAAAUGCUUCACAACAUCAACUGAGCUAAAAGUUCAUCGGAGAACACACACAGGAGAGAAGCCUUACUGCUGUUCUGACUGUGGGAAGAGUUUCUCCCGAUUGGCUACCUUAAAAACACAUCAAUGUAUACAUAAAGGAGAGAAGCCUCAUCACUUCUCUCAGACCAACUAAGAUUAAAGUCACUCCAUCGAUUAAUCCUCAUCUCGUAAAAGAAGUGGUAACAGUGAAUUGGAUCGAGAAGAAGAAAGCAUAGAACACUUGUAAUCCUGUUGUUUCUCAAUGUGAGAGAACUGUGCAGAGGAAAGGGAGUGUUAUAGAAUUAUGACAUUGGAAAUCAUCUUUCUCCAACUUUUUUUUACUACAAAACAUAAACGCGCCAUUUUCACAUAUGUUGAUUGGAACAUUUUAAAAUGUCCCUUUUUAAGGCAAAAACAAUAGGAUAGUGGUUGGUGGGGUGGAUCAGCAAAAACAUGAAAGUCUAGCAACCCAACGGUUGCGUGUUCAAAUCUCAUCACGGACAAUUGUAGCUAAUAAGCAACUUUGCAACUACACUACAUGAUGAAAAGUAUACCGUUCAAAAGUUUGGGGUCACUUAGAAAUGUCCUUGUUUUUGAAAGAUAAGCUAUUUUUUUUGUCUGUUUUAUAUAACAUCAAAUUGAUCAGUGUAGACAUUGUUAAUGUUGUAAAUUACUGUUGUCGUUGGAAACGGCAGAUUUUUUUAUGGAUAAUCUACAUAGGCGCCCAUCAUCAGCAGCCAUCACUCCUGUGUUCCAAUGGCACGUUGUGUUAGCGAUUUCAAGUUGAUCAUUUUAAAAAGGUUAAAUGAUCAAUAGAAAACCCUUUUGCAAUUAUGUUAGCACAGCUAAAAACAGUUGUGCUGGUUAAGUUGGACUAGAUGAGUAUCUGGAGCAUCAGCAUUUGUGGGUUUGAUUAAAGGCUCAAAAUGGCCAGAAACAAAUAACUUUCUUCUGAAACUCGUCAGUCUAU